GAGAUGAAACAGAUUUAGAGACAGAAAGCAGCCGGUGUUUAAACACAACAGUUCUUCCUCGGCAGCAGCAACAGCAGCAAACACCGCCUCCUCCUCCUCCUCCUCCUCCUUCAUCAUCUUCCCACCAUCCAUCCUCCGCCUCCUCCGCUCCGGUGCUCCUCUCCAUGCCGGCGGAGAUCUCGGUCUCCGCGGGGCUGCCAUGGCGAAGAUCCGGGUGUCGUACGAGUACUCCGAGGCCGAGGACAAGAGCAUCCGGCUGGGCUUGUUCCUGAUCGCCUGCGGGAUCCUCAGCCUCUUCAUCCUCGGCUUCUGCUGGCUCAGCCCGACCCUGCAGAGUCUGCAGAGCAAGCCGGCCAACUGCACGGUGGUGUCGGUGUUGCGCCCCGAGGAGAUGUUCGAGUGCGUGUUCACGUGCGGGACGGACUGUAAGGGGACGUCUCUCUAUCCCUGCCUGCAGAUCUUUGUCAACAACUCGGAGUCCAACUCUGUCGCUCUGCUGCACUUUGACGAGCAGCAGCUGGUCCUCAACCCAAAG